GUUUUUUGCGUGCGCGCUUCAUCCCCCAUCUCCUACGUUCGUGUUAGGAGAGGCGAGCGGAGGUUACGUGCGCGCUCCCCCUCUCCACCCCCUCAUCUGGGUGCAGACGAGACAGCUGGCGGUGGGGGCGUGCUUGUGCGCGUUCGCGUGCUGUCGGUCGGCGACCCCGCUACUCCCUCUCUCUCCGUGCCUGCGCCUUGCUUUCCCCCUCACCACCCCACCGCAGGGGACGCGCAGCGGGGGGGAGGGGGACCAAGAUGGCGGCGGCCGGGUCGGCCGCUUGGGCCGCUCUAGAGGCGACGCUGGAGAAGAAGCUGCUGACGGUGACCAACACGAUGGACAGUAUCCAGGGCCUGUCCGCCUGGAUCCUCGACAACAAGAAGCACUACACCUCCAUCGUCAGGCAUUGGAUGAAGUGCAUGAGGAAAGCUUCAAUUCCUCAUCGAUUGAACCUUUUCUAUGUUGCCAAUGACGUUAUUCAGAAUUGCAAAAGGAAAAAUGCAAUUGUAUUUCGAGAUGCUUUCUCAGAGGUUCUAGUUGAAGCAGGCACAUUGGUCAGGGAUCCUUCUAUUCGCAAAUCAAUAGAUCGGAUAUUUACCAUAUGGGAGCAGAGAAGUGUCUACCCCGAGGAAUUGAUUGUGGACCUUCGUGCUGCUCUUGAUGUCUCCAGUGUGAAGUUUGUUAAUUGUCCCAGCAAGUCACUCAUUCCAAGGUCAGUGAGCAGUAAAACAAGAGUAGUUGUGAAAUCCAAGAUACUAGCUGAAUUCAGGCCUGCAGCACUGAUUGAUCAGCUGGGGUCAUACAAACAAGCUGAGGAUGAGCGGGAGUUCAAAGAGAAACAACUUGGGACACUCCGUGUGGAUGUCUGUAGCACAGAGACUCUGAAGAGAUUGAAAGAUCGUGCUGGAGGAAAACGAUUUUCCAAAGAUUUUGAAGAAUCCAGUUCUAAAUUAGAAGAUUUCUGUGCGGAGCUUGAGAGGGAGGUGAAGAAGACCCCACCACUAAUUGAAGCUCUAGAAAAUGCAGAAAUAUUCUAUGAGGCUCAGUACAAGGAGGUGAAGAUUGUGGCAAAUGCCUAUAAGACAUUCGCUAACAGAGUCAACAACUUGAAAAAGAAGUUGGACCAGCUGAAAACAACCCUUCCUGAUCCAGAUGAGUCUCCCAUUCCAUCUCCAAGCAUGGAUGCUCCAUCACCAACGGGCUCUGAGUCCCCUGUCCGCCCUACAGAGGAGGCUGUUGCAGAGCUGGUUGAAGAGAGCCCGAGGUCACCACUGCCUGAGGCUUCAGGUGAUAACUGUGAUGUUGAGGACAUGGAGCUUUCGGAUGACGAAGCUGCAGAAGCAUCGAACAUAAUAGUGGAAAGAGACGAGAAGAAAGAGGAAUCCAGUCCAAACACACCAGCAGCAAGUGCAAGCCCACAGCCAGAAAAGGCUUCAAUUCAAGCAGACAGCAGCACACAGGCAAAGGGUAGCACCAUAACACCACCCCUGGGCCUGCCAAACCUGGCAAAUAUCGACUUGGGCAAAAUUAGUUCUAUCCUUAGCAGCCUGACAACAGCCAUGAAGAACACAGUCAGCCCAGUGAUUGGUCAAACACCUGUUCCAGUGGCUUCUCCUGGAGCUCAGUCGAAUACUGGCCAAAAGGCCCCUGUUCAGAAGCCUUCUCCAGUUCCUCCCAAUCCUUUGGCAAGCAUCCUGUCAAAAGUUGAAUUAACUCCAGAGAGCAUCUUGUCAGCACUCAGCAAGAGCCAGGGGUCUUCCGCUCCUGCACUGCAAGGUCUCUCAUCAUUACUUCAGAGCGUGACAGCAAACACUGCUGUCCCAUCAAACAGCACAGCUCCAAGUAUUUCUACCCCGGCAGUGGCAAACAUCACCAGUCCAUUGGACAAAAACGUUCCCAUUAAUAAUUCCAGCACUCAGCCUGUGAUGCAAGGGCUGAUUAGUUGCUCUCCAAAUUCACCUGCAUCAGAAGUUUCCUCUGUUUCCUCAGUGAGCUCUGCCCCAGUAAACCAUAGUCCUGCCCUGUCCAACACAAGCCUGAAGGCACCUGCCAGCACAAAUGUACUUGAGAGUUCUCUUCGCAAUACUGCCUCUUCAUCAAGAGGAAACUUGAGCAGUCAGAAGGCACCUUCAGAGGCAGUUCCAGCUGAACCAGAAGUGCAGCCACCCUCACCAUCAAGUUUGGAGCUGAAAAUUCACAACUUUCUCAAAGUUAACCCAGGCUUUAAGGCUUUAGAUCUGAAUAUCCCUCUCCUGAGUAAUUUGGGCUCUAGUGACUCUAAGAGUCUCUUGCAGCCUUCAGAUGGAAGUCGUAAUCCCAGCAGUACCAUACUGGACAACCAGGAUGGCACGCCAGUCAGAGAUGAGAGAGGUGGAACUCCAACCCAGGAUGAAAUAAUGGACAAACAAGCAACAACAGGCACUAUAGAUCCAAUGUCCUUACUGUCUAAGCUAAUCAGUCCGCCCUCCUCUUCAACUAGCAGCACAAACUCUCCUCCACUUUCCAUGCCACAAAAUAUAGAUUCGGCUUAUUCAGAGAUUUCCAGUGCAGUGCCUUCUUACCAAAGCGAUACUUCAUAUAACCGUGGAAGGGCUUCAUUCCCUUCCUCCUACAAGUCCUCAGAGGUGUGGGAAGAAUCUUCCCCGAACAGAGACUCUCCUCAAGAGCAGUUUUAUGCGGGUGAAUCCUGUACUGAUUUUGAUUAUGCUGGACCACCGCUUUCUUCAGUUUCCAAUUUGUUGAAACAACCCCCAAAAUCUAUUCUCAAAUCAAACAAAGCAACAGAUCAGAUGCAGAGUCCCAAUGAAUACCAGUCUAUCUCUACCAGUUACAGUCGUCUCAAGUCUGUGUUCUCCAAACCCGUGAAAUCCAUUCUUAAGAAACAAGAAACUUAUGGCAGUAGGUCAAGCAGUAGCAAAGGCUAUAGGGAAGAUGAUCAGGGAAUUGAUCUUGAGAACCUUCCUUCAGCAGCUCACAACAAUCAGUUCUUUCGUUCAGAAUCUAAUAAUAUCAUAUUACAGCCUUCAUUCUCGGAUAUAUCUCGUACAGGACCACUUCAAAAAGCAUUUUCUGACCCGGUGUGUUCUACCCCUUCCCGACCACCUUCCUCUUUACAAAGUGCUGCAGCUGGUUCUUUUAGCCGCACAUCUGCCGCCACCAUUGAUAAAACUGUAACACUGGGCUCUCCAGUCUCUGCUACUUCAACCAUUGAGUUCAAGAACAUGUUAAAGAAUGCCUCGCGUAGGCCGACUGAUGACAAACCUCUAGAAAGCCCUAUUAGUCCUGUACCGUCAGUUGGCCUGAGCGAGAAAGGGAACCUACCAGUUUUUGGACAAUCUGGGAUUGCAGAGAAUGCAGAUGGAGAGCAGCAUUGCAUUGAGACUCGGAUAUCUACAUCAGAUUUACCUGAGAAUGUAGAGGAGAAAGGAGCCCCCAUAGAGACACUAGGUUCCAGUACACCAUCAGCUGGGAGGCUGAUGGUUGGAGAGCCUAUUCAGACUCUGGAUUCCAGCCGAGGGUCAGGUAGAGGCAGUAUGAGUCAUGGGAGAGGAGGGUCCAGGAGCAGUUGGUUUGAAGCUAAUGAAAGCAUUUCAGACUUUGAUGAAGAUUCCUCCUCUCUUGAUGUUUCUGAUAUGACUCAAGGUAUUCCUCCCAGUUUUAGAAGUCAGUUUGAAGAACACAGACUCCAGUUCACUGAGACGUCAAGCACCUACAGAUCCAACAGUUUCAGCAAUCCCUUUGAAAGGCAAUCUCAGCAGAUUGGACGUCAACCUGGCUCACGACACGAUCACAUUGGGCCAACACCUGUCUCCAGUCGAGACCACAUUGGGCAUCCAUCUGGGCCUCCUCCAGACCAUGUACUUACCCCAUGCCCCCCACAAGAUCACAUUGGGCCUCCUGUUCCUUUGAGGGAUAUUGGACUGCCACCAGGACCCCCAAGGGAUCACAUGAGCCUGCCCCCAGGUCCUCCACCUGAUCACUUAGGUCCUCCUGUCCCCCCACAGGAACACAUGGGUGCCUCGUCAAGUUCCCUUCGAGAACAUGGUUCAUUCCCUGGUUCUUCCCAAGACCACAGUGGGCCACCUCCCAGUUCCUCUGAGAAGAUUGGGCCACCAAGGGACCAUGUUGGACCACCACCUGGCACCCCUGUUGACCACAUUCCCCCACCAUCUGGUCCGCCUCCUGACCACUUUGGUCCUGGUCUACCACCUGGUCCUCCUCCAAGAGAUCAUCUUGGACCUCCUCCAGGUCCCCCAGUGCCCCCUCCUGGUCCACCUCCUCUGGACCACCUUGGACCACCUCCUGGUCCCCCUCCCCGGGAUCAUAUGGGGCCCCCUCCUUUACCCCCCCCUGGUCCACCACCAGGCCCUCCUCCCAGAGACCAUCUUGGCCCACCACCUCCUGUCCCACUUCCACAGGAUCACCUUGUUCCACCUCCUGGACCCCCUCCAAGAGAUCAGUUGGUCCCACCUCCUGUCCCUCCACCACAGGACCUCCUUGGUCCCCUGCCUGGUUCUCCUAGAGACCUCCUUGGCCCAUUAGCUGGGCCACCUCGAGAACUCCUUGGCUUACUUCCAUGUCCUCCAAGAGACUUCCUUAGCUUAACCAACAGGCCUCCCGUGCAAAGGUCUUCGAGAGAUUACUAUGGGCCAUCCUUUGGAGCCCAACAAGACUACAGUGGUCCUGGUAGGUUCUUCCAACGAGGGCCCCUAAGGCCUCGGGAAAGUUUUCAGAGUGGGAAGCGACCCAACCUCCAUUUUGGAAGUCCCCCUUUUGCCACUGCUCCCAAACGACCAUAUAUGCCUCCAAGGUAUUGAAAAUGGAAAGCAGCUGACAAGGUGAAUUUUCUGUACUGGGGAUUAUGUGAAACUCUUUCAUCUCUGACCCUUGAUCACUGAGCAGCUUUGUGGUCAUAGAGGCAAAGUUCAGCAUGGUGCUUUUAGGUCACCUAUAUGUCUUUUGUGUGCCAGUCUGUUCUCCCUUCUGAUUCUUUCACUUGCCUUCUCCAAUGUUGACCUGCUGUGCUAGGUCAAAGGUAUGUUAUGGUUAACAGUCACUACAGGGUCACUACAAACCCCUGCACGCCAGUGUUCCAUCAGGACUUAAGUCGUGCAUGGAAAGCGUACUAGGAAUGAGACCACCACUUACUUUUAUACAAAGUAAAACUUGUAUUGUUCCAAAAAAAUCAUUAUACGGUCUUAGCUGACUGUAGCUUCAUCAGACCCUUUCCUACCUUGUUGUUUUUAAAUUACACUUUUACUUUUGUACCAGUUUAUGUCAGGAAAAAAAAGUGGUUAAAUGCAAAUGGGAAAUGUCUCUGCCAUCAUUGCAAGUGUUGUCUGAUUGGUUGCGUGUAGGCAGGUUACAGUGCACACAUCAGAAACUGACAACAUACUUAUUUUGGCUUUAUGUCACAGGUGUCUCAUUUAGGGAGAACUACCUGUAGCUACAGAUGACUCCAGCGGGCAGAGCCAUUAACAUUACAAUACAUUGCCUGCUCUCUGGUGGCCGUAGCUAGUGCCAAUGACAAAAAUAUUUCCUAACAUUAUGUAGAUGCUUGCAUCUAUUGGCAUUGGCUCCUGCACAAAUUCCACAUUACUUCAGUGCAGGAGGUCUAUGUUUAAAAACAUCCCCUGCUUUUUGCAUGCCAUUUAAUAUGUUUCUCCACAGCAUCAACAAUGGAGUGUCUUCCCUUGGAAGUGCCAGCCAGCGCUGCUCGUUAAGAUGCCACGCAGAAUAUGAGGUGGAAUGAGAUUUGUAGUGCCCUGGUUGCUUCAUCUAAUAACUGGCUGAAAACACGACAAGAGUUCCACCAAUCCAAGCAAGAAGAUUAAAAUCACAGCAAGGAAGACUGGAAGCUGUGAAGUGUGCAGUGGGCAUAGUUCUCUAUUCUAGCAGACCACAAUGAGAUUUAUAAUGUUUCUAAUGACCAGAUAGUAAAAGGUUGAUACUUGUCAUUGGUCCUCAAGAAAAAAGAUGGAAUAAAUGUACCUUAGGCACAUAAUGAGCUUCUGUUUUUUUACAAUAGACUGACCAACCAUUGAUAUUAGGCUACAUAAAACUUAAUUAUUUGCAACCUGUUAAGAAUUUGAUUAUUUCUGUCCCUGGUAAUUGAUUAGCACAAACUAUCCAGUGUUUUUCCUUGCUCCCCCCCACCCCCCACCAUUUAAUUCAUUCUGUACCAGUCACUGUUUUGUCAAAAUGACCUGCUUGUUCUAAAGGAAAGCUUUGUUGAACAAUCCUUGUUCAUUGUUUCUAAAUUUAAAGAAAUAUAGGGGAAGGGAGGAAAGGAAACCGAGUGCGUGGAAAAAGCAUAGCAGUGGGCUGUGUAGUGCAUUGACUUCCCCCAAGUAAUAACUGGAAUAGGUUUGAAAAAGUGACUUUUAUGUGAUCAGUCCGUUUCAGAGCUCGUUUUUGCUUAAUUCAAGGUGGCUUUGAAGAAAUAAAAUGAAUCGAGGUGGAUACUGUGUAACCAGACUUGGUUCCAUACAGUCCAGUUUAUGCUUAUAUUGAAGACUGUGUUAGUAACUAAAUUCAGAGAUUUUUGAAAGCUUUAUCUAUAUGUGGAUAUACGCAUACACACAUAUUCACACAUUUUCUUGGUGGUUACUUUUCAGUUGAAAUGUAAUAUGUAUGUAGCAAGAGGAAACAAGAUCUUCUUUCCUGAAUUAAAAAGUAAAGAUCAAGUUCUCCAUUUAUUUUUCUUAAAAGUUUGUAACCAUUUAGCAAGUGUUACUAAUAUGACAUGGGUUUGGUGCAAAGUGAAGUUUAAGCUGUGAAUUCCCUUUUCAGUACAACUACUGAUAUGUCACCACUUGCCAUUGUUCAUGUUAAUGUUAUUUCACUGGAGGAAAGGGGUAACUUUAUAGAUCCAACAUCACUGCACAAAGGAACAUAUUUCAGUAAAUACAAUGUCCAGUUAACACACUUAAGUUGGGAAAAACUACGAGUGAAAAAUUUGCCUGCUUUUUUCAGAGAUAAUUCAUCUUUUGGAAAUGAAAUGUAGUUAAUAAAAAAAGAUAGUUUAAUUUUCUUGGGGAUGACUAAGGAAUCAGCAUUUUUCUGCAAAGUAAUGAGCAUUUGUGUACUUGAACAUUACAUAAGUGGGAGGGAUGGUGAAAUCUUUUUGAAGAUCUGUAUAAAUCUGCUGUUGUCUGCGUUUGGCUCUAUUGUAGUAUUUUUAUGCCCUGCCUAAUGUACAGAUAGAAAUUAAAACUGGCAUUUAAGGUAGCCUGGUACAUCAUUUACUGAAGUGCUGUAUUUCUAAAGUAAAGGUUGUGAAAUUGAUUUGUGUUUAUCACUUGCAUUUGAAAGACAAAGCACCUUAUGGGGACAUUGUCCAUUACUUGACUGGUCUUACUAGCUGAUCCUACACAUGAGUGUAAAAUUUGUAGUCGGGGGCAUGGGAAAGAUAGAGCAAACUACAGCUGCUUGCUUCAGUUGCAUAUUGCUGAACAGUUACUGAACUGGUCAUCACAUAUGGAAGGACCUAACUUUAAAUUAUACAGCCUGGAUACUCGCGUGUCAUUGUCCUCAACAACAGGAACAGGCUUACCACCAUAAAAUGGUGGAGUGAAAUCUCAUCGAAAAAAGAAAAGGCCAGGGCUUGAGAUUAAUUGCACCUUAAACAAAUGUGAAGUUAUCGGUAGUGUUCAUAUCCUUGUGAGGAUCUUGUAAGGGUAAAUCUGAGAAAUAUUCUACGUCUUGCACUAUGCACUGAUAGAAUACAGUCUAGUGUAAUCUUGAGAUGAAACCUAAAAUCAUAAAUAAUUUUCUGGAUUAAAAAUAAACAUUCUUGAGUUUUUGUAUUUCCACCACUAUGAAGAAUUGCAAAUAGUUGGGUGGAACCAGGUGACGGGGAUCAGUGGAGCCUAGCUAUGUGAUAUCAUUUCUUGAGCUAUAGAAUUAAUUUCCAUUGGAUUUCUGUUGGUAGCCAAGUCUUUUCAGGUGAUCUGUAUAAUGGAUUCACCAGAAUCAGCUUUUUUCCCCCCUGUACAUGAAAAUUGUGUUAAUUUAACAAAAGGGCCACUGUGGUGUGUUUUAAAAGGGGUAAUAAAUUACCUAUUUUUUAAAUGGCUGCUAUAAGAUACCUGAUAUUUUAGCUACCUCAUCAAAUCUCUGUAGACCAUGCCAAGGAAAACUGAUACUGAACAAAUCCCUCCCAUUAAUUUUUUGUUACCUUUUAUAAAAAAAAAGGAAGAAAAAGUGUAGUAGACUGAAAAAGUUCUAAGCAACAAUGUGAAGCUGUAAUCAAGGAGAUUUCAAAUUGUCAGUUUGCCUUCCAAAGCAAAUCUUUGGGCUUAAUGUACAGAAUAGGACUUUUAAAUUGCUCACUUGCCAUCUACUACUAUUAGUUAUCUUUGGUUCUACAGGUCCAAUAAGUUAGGUUUUGCUUUUACACACAAAACGCUGGAGUAACUCAGCAGGUCAGGUAGCAUCUAUGGAAAAGAGUAAACAGUCGACAUUUCUCGGCACAAAACAUCGACUAUUUACUCUUUUCCAUUGAUGUUGCCUGGCCUGCUGAGUUCCUCCAGCAUCCUAUGUGUGUUGCUUUGAUUUCCAGCAUCUGCAUACUUUGCUGUUUUAGGUCUUGCUUUGUUGGCAUCUCUGACCUGAUCCAAGGCUUCCUGUUGGAUUUCCCAUAUUUGGCACGGCUUUGGUCUUGCUAACAUUGAAGUUUUGUUUCCAAAUAUUGGAAUGAAGUUGUUACUGCUAAAGAAAAUUCCAUUUCUAAUCCUCUCAAGAUGUAAUGAAGAAUUUGCCAGCAACACCUAAAUGUUUUGCUUAUCUGGAGCCAUAACUUUUAUUCUUACGUGUAGGUCUCCAAUUUAUAAAUUAUUUUCACAAUUUCCUUCAUAUUCAAACUAUUAGAUUAAUGCCAAUAGGACAUCAAUAGCAUCCUAGAUUUCAGCCUGCUUUGCUCAUAGGAUAACAGGACAUUUUGUUUCCAAGUAUUACUUCCAUUUUCAUUAGUGAAUCUGCAAUGAUUGUCUAUUCUGAAUAUAUUGAGAUGGCUAUCAUUUGGAAUUCAAAGUAAUAGAAUUUUUUUUUCCUACAAGUUUUCAAUGUUCCUCUAAUCCUUGCAAAGAUCUUCACUGACUGUAUUACAAACCUCUGAAGAAACCAGUUAAUCAUUUCUUGAUUACACUUUGUCCACUCUGGAACAAAGACUUACCCACCUUUAUUAUUUUUGUGGGAAGUUACACAUCAAUUGUUUGGAAAUUACAGUUGUGCUAAAACUGGAACAUUGUUGUCACCUAUGAUGUCCUCAAAGCUGGGCUCUGACCCAUAUUUUUAUUUUGAGAUCCUAGGUUUGGUCUGCCUUAAGAGAUUUUGCAGAUUUUCUUGACAUCAAGUCUUGACCUUUUCUAUUGGCUGUUGCUUUUGAUAAGGAACACUUGAGUUGCAACUCAAGUUAUCCUUCGUCUUGAAAUCGGAAGGACUCUUCUUUCCAUUGAGAAACUUUGAAAGCUAUCUAGCCAAGCAAGCCUUCAGCGUUUUUUUUUUUGUGUGUGAAGAUUAUAACAAAGUAUUUCUUGAACCUUCAGUUGGAAAAACCUUUUCUAAGAUAUUUUUUAAAAGUUCACCUAUUUACUGAAAGAGGUCCUGCAAGUUGGAUUGACAUCCAAGACUGACCUAAUUCCAGGAUUUGUUUUGUGAGUGGAAAGACAAUGUGUUUUAAUUGCUGGGUUUAAAACCUCACCAAGUUUAAGUCCAUUUUUAUCUGAAAUUGAAAGUAUACCCAUCUUAAUACCUCUAUAAUAUGGCCAAUUUAAUAUGCGGACACUAUACCUUGACAAGUACUGAUGGCAUUGUGGCUUUUAUUUCACAUGGGCUCCUCUUCAUGGGUAAAUUGAUGUCGCAGAUGAGCACCAUUCAAAUAAAUGAAGAUGAGGAUCUAAUUACAAAUAAAUUAAUGAACAAAGAUGUAUAACAUCACUGUAAACAAAUAGAACAUUCUGAGAGCACAGUUUCAUAAAUGUAUACACAUUCCUAUGUUUUAGUUUGGAAAUGUUCUACUGCAACUUAAUGCUCCAGUAAGUCUGGAUUGUUUCUAUGUCCAAGCUAUUCGCUGAUGACCUUGUUGGGCUCUCAGUGUUUUGUGGGGGGAAAAAAAGGUUCUGUUCAUUCAUAUAUUGAGUAGCUUCCAAUGAUCCUACUGAUGUCUUCAGUGUACUUAAAUGCUUGAUAAGUUUUUCUGAAUGUUGUGGGUCAUAGCUCUUGUAGCCAGCAAUAUUUGAUGAUUGCUUACAGGUUCAAUUAGGUCACUAACCUACAUUGUCUUACGGGAAGCUAGAAAAUGUUCUUGGACUACACUUUAUGCUUCCCGGACAUAAAAUUGAACAAAUUCUACCAGGUGUGCAAAGUUGGAUGUUCCAUUUCUUACAAGGAUGAGAAAAGUAAAGAUUGUUCACUUUUCUAUUAUAUCCUGUUGCAACUAGAGGUAAACGUCCUCUUCUUGGUAAAUCCCAUGCUAUGCCACCAGCUUUCUUUUCCAUUCAAACCCCCAUCUGUGUAUAAGCUUUGUCGGAUACGAAUUUUCAGGGUUUUUCCAUUAUCCUGAAGCUGGCUUUUUCAAAUUUGUAUUGUCCAUUCUUGCAGAGCUUUGGCCUUGACCUGUGUGAGAUUAUCCAUGUAAGGUAUACUCUCUAGCUGGUACCAUGGGUAUCAGUGAAGAUCCUUGAGUUACAACUAGCUGCAAGAAGCACCUACGUAUUAGACCAUGGCUACACCAGCUCAUCAUGUUCACUUAACAGGUUUAACCUCAGUAACACUGCUGGUUAGAUAAAAAAUAACAUAGUGCCUGUUUCUUGAUUUUUUUUUUCUGUUAGGCAUGUAUAAGGGCAGUGAAAUUAUAAAAUGGUGACUCGAAAUUGGAAAGUUCUUAUUGCACUGUUUCUUCUCUAUUCUGGUUUCAGAAUUGCUAGCAGUUUUGCAUAUUUUCUAACAUUACUGUUAACCAUUGAGUAAUUAUCUUCAAAGAAAUCUGGAAACGGAUUUACAGUGACGUGUACUUCCUUGACAAUUCUUUGGAUUGAACAUGCCUCUUGUUUCUAUUGUGGUUUUUGAGAGUUCUGAAUCCAGAACUAUGUACAACCGCUUCCUGCAACAUCUCCCGCCUUUUUCUUUUGAAUUUGCUCAUAAUCUUCAUGUGUUGCCUGAAAUAUUACACACUAUUAUUGGCGUGAAUGUUGACUAUAUUGUCCCUUUUAGAGUGGCUGUCCACAGCAAAUUGUUACAGUUUCUGCCAAUUCAUCCAACACAACAUGAUUUAUGGAGCGAUGCUGCAGUUAUCUUUUGGGAAUAAUCACUCAAGACAGAAAUGAUAUUGAGAUAACUAUAUGGUAGACACCAUUGUCAGAGGCAAAUUUAAAAUUAAAUGGACCUUUGUGAAAGUCUACUUAGAAAUGAAGUGGAACUUAAGUUUAUUUUGGCUGAUGAACUUACAUUUUUUUAAAAAGACGAUUGCAUUGAAACCUUUAUUUAUAAAGUUUAUUCGAGCAUAUUCCUCAUAGAAUCCCAAUGAAUUGGGAUAAAAUUCUCUGCAUUUUAUGCCACUUUCAUUUGUUUCUUAAUUAUGGCUUUACCUGAUUAUCAUAGUUACUCAAAAACCUUUCCAACAUGUGUUGUCUUAUUUCACAUUAUAGAAAGAUAAGCUUUGACUCUAACUUGCAUCAAAGGAAGGCCAAGAAAUCAGGAGAUCAAAGCAUUUUAAGUAAAUUUGCAUUAUUUGCUGCUACUUUGUUUUCAUUUACACUUCUAUGGUUUCCCAAUGGCAUGAACAUUUUCUAGCCCAAAAUAUUGGUGCAUUCUGUCCCCAAACUACAUUGAUCUCAGUGCUGUUAUUACCUCAUUAUUUUUAUCAUUUUAAAAAUCUCAGGCUUCAAUUAUGAGCCUUUAUCUUUGAAUUAGAACUAUAAAAUGAUUUAGUAUUCAAUUUUCAUAGCUAUUUUAAAUUCUUAAAGUGCCUUUUGGUGCAGUUGGCACAAGUUGAUUCUUGUGUAUGGCCAGCAUAUCUGGUUUAUUGAAUGGAAUAAUGUCAUUGCUAUCACAGGGAAGUUCUCUAGACCACGUGUAGUACUUUGCAGAUGUUGAAACACCUUUUCAUGGAUUGUAUUCUCAUCCUCAGGAGCGGAGCUGGUCACACUUUAAAUAGUUUUGCUUCUCUGACGGGUCACUGAAACUCCCUUGUGUUUCCUGAAAGAACAAUAAUAUUAGCAGUAUGGUAUGGUGAUGAUAGUAGCACGUUGCCCUGUGUUGAUCUUUAAAGACCCACUGAACCCAAUAAAUAUUGUCUUCACUUACUGCAAGAUUAUACUUGAGAAGACGAGUAUUAAUACAUACGAAUUAGUGCAUACUACAUCCAA